AGUUUGUAUUGGUUGUCUAGUGCCAAUCGAGAAGUUUUCAAACAAAGUUCCAAAACUGCAAUUGUGGUCCUCUUGUUUUAGUGAGAAAUUUCUUGAACAACAUAGAAGAUGAUGAAGAAUCUGGGAAGUGCAUUCAAAACAAUUGAUGCUUAUCCAAAAACACUAGAAGAUUUUACAAUAAAAACAGCAACUGGAGCUAUCGUUACUGUUUUCAGCAGUUUGAUUAUGGUUUUCCUAUUUGUCAUCGAGUUUCAAGACUUUCUAUCAGUUAGUGUUUUAGAACAAUUGUAUGUGGAUACUACACGGAUUCCAAACAUGAAGAUAAAUUUUGAUGUGACAUUUCCUAAAAUUUCUUGUUCAUAUUUGAGUGUGGACGCCGUAGAUUCAUCUGGUGAACAGCAGCUUGGAGUUGAGCACAAUAUUUUCAAACAACGACUCAGUUUGUCAGGAGAGGCAUUACAAGCUGCUGAAUUAGAAUCUAUUAAUAAAAGUCAUAACCAAACACACACAACCACAGAGGAUACCGCCUUAAAACCCUGUAAUAGCUGUUAUGGAGCAAAAGAAGGAUGUUGUGAUACAUGUGCUGAAGUUCGAGAGGCCUACAGGCAAAAAAAUUGGGCUUUUCGGCCGGACGAGUUCGAGCAAUGCCGAAACGAGAAAAAUUUGACUAGGGAUGACUCCGUUUUUAAAGAGGGCUGCCAAAUUUAUGGAUAUCUAGAAGUCAACAGAGUCAGUGGUUCAUUUCAUAUUGCUCCUGGAAAAAGUUUUGCUAUCAAUCAUGUUCAUGUACAUGAUGUGCAGCCUUAUUCAUCUGAAGAUUUUAAUGUAACACAUCACAUUAAUUCACUAUCAUUUGGAUCUUCCCUAUUGGGGAAAGCCAAUCCUCUUGAUGGUUUCCUCACAGCUGCAGAUAAAGGAGCCAUGAUGUUUCAAUAUUACAUCAAAGUUGUGCCUACUUGGUACGUGAAACUCGAUGGAGAAGAAUUUCACACGAACCAGUAUUCAGUUACCCGCCACCAAAAGGUUGUUUCGUCGUAUGGGGGUGAAAACGGAGUCCCCGGCGUGUUUUUUACUUACGAAAUGAGCCCUCUGCAAAUUUCGUACAAAGAAAGUAAAAGAUCGAUUGGCCAUUUCGCCACGGACGUAUGUACAAUUAUUGGAGGGGUGUUCACUGUGGCUGGAAUAAUUGAUUCGCUGCUUUACCGAUCAUCAAAAAUUUUGCAACAAAAACUGCAACUUGGAAAAGCUACGUGAAUAAAGUGUGUUAUCCCGACAAA